AUGGGUUGUGGGGCAUCGACGGCGCAGAAGCUGUCAAGGCCGGCGCAUGACAGGCGCAACACCUUCGAGCGGAAGGAGGGGAAGAAGAAGGCGGGCGACAAGGCCGCGGACGAGUUUGAGGAGCAGACGAUGAAGCCGCUGCCGCAGAAGACGGAGUUUGAGAAGAAGUUUAAGUGUGGUGCACCGUCGGUGGUCAGUGAGGACAUCACCCCAUGCUUUGACCACGGACUGCUCUACCGCAUUGCGAAGGACGAUGUAUGGCUGUUCUACAACGACACACGCAACUACGAGAUGCAUGUGGAGUUUACGUUUGGCCGAACCUCCCUGAUUCGCGCGCUGGGCAACACGAAGGUGAAGCAGGUGGAGGAGAGCGGGGAGUACGUGGCCGAGGCCGUCGUGUACCCCACAGAGACGGUUGCGUACGUGAAGGGGUCUAUUGCCGGCUUCAAGAGCAAAAUCAAGGCGCUUCCGUUGUCCGAGGAGUACCUGCAGGAGCGGGUGCGUCUGUACAACAGGCUGAUAGAACCCGAGAUGAAUAGGGUGCGGGAGUUUGCCGAGGACUCUUCCACUGACGAUGCCAUCCUCGCGGAGUGCAUUCGCCAGACGAUGCCGUUUAUUGACAUUCACUUUCCGCCCAAUCAGGGCUCCAUCACACGGGGGUCCGAGCGGCCGAUGAAAACCGUGAUGUGGGCCCGCCCACACAUGUACCUCCCGGACGGCUACUCCUCCCUGGUGCGUCUCUUCCGCAAUAAGAUCAGCCCCAUGCGGGUGGACUUGGGGGAGCUGGGGGACAGUUGGCUGGUGUGCGCCAUUGCCGCCCUCGCCGAGUGCCCGGAUAUGGUGCGAAACAUGUUCCGCCACCCGCGCAAGCCGGAGCUGACGGCGGAUGAGCGGGCCCUGGGGGCCUAUCGGGUGACGUUCAACAAGAACGGCUGGUGGAGGAACGUUGUCGUGGAUGACUACCUGCCUGUCCUUGGUGGACGGGCCAAGUACGCCAGGUCGCUUGAUGAUCCAUGUGAGAUGUGGGUUUCCAUCCUGGAAAAGGCGUACGCCAAGGUGCAUGGCAGCUACGCCAACAUCGUUGUCGGGGAUCCACUGCUUGCCUUGCAGGACCUCUCAGGCUACCCAACCACGCGCUACGAUGAGUCUUUUGCAAGCGACAUUGAAACAGGCGAUACCGAGUUGCUUGAGCGCCUGGAUCGCUACAGCCGUAGUGGGUACUACAUUGGCUUGAUCACGCCUGUUAGAGAUGCCGAGAACGAGGAAAAGGAGAGCCUCUACAAGGAGGCGGGGUUAAUGAUGGGGCACAUGUAUACAGUCACGGCGGUCCGCCGUUUUGUGGAGGAAAAAAUCUAUCUCUUGUGCAUCCGUAAUCCUUGGGCUGCGGGCGUGGAGUGGAAUGGAGAGUGGAACGCCAAGGACCCCAAGUGGGCGGAGCACCCUCGCAUUGCUGAGGUCUGUGCGCCAGCUACUCCAGAGCCCGGCACCUUCUGGAUGUCCUGGAGCGACGCGCAGCGGUACUUCAACGGCUGCGGUGUGGCUUUCCUCCGCUCAAUGGGCGUGGAUUACCGCAUCCGCGGCGACUUUGUCCACGGCGUUCCCCAGUUCUGCGUUCAGCUCACCGUGAGGAAGGCGGCGAGCUUCGGGUGCAUGCUUUCCCAGCAGGACCAUCGGGGCACGGCAAAGGCGCGGGAGGAGUAUCCGCCGAUCAUGCUGACGCUUAGCAGCGGUCGCGGUUCCCUGGACACGAUGCAGGUGGAGUGCAACACCAACCUCGACUUUGACAACCCCACCAACCAGUUCACCUUUAUGCAGAGCCGCGACGUGGGCAUGCUCUGCAGCCUCACCCCGGAGUGCUCGCCCUACCUCCUCGUCCCGCGGGUGAUGUCGGAGGAGGCCGCCGUGCCCUACGUUCUUAGCCUCUUCUUCGACGGCAAGCUCGGGGGCGACGUCAAGGCGGAGCUCCUGGCGCUCCCCGCGGACUGCCAGGCCUUUGCCAACUUCCCCUCCUUCUCGGGCAAAGGCACACCCGUGACGACGAAGUUUCAGGUGCGCUGCCCCGGCGCCGGGUACCCGCAGAAGUUCAUGAACAAGGAGCUCACGGAGAGCACGAACGUGCCGAAGGAAAAGAAGAGGCGGGGGAGGGCGCCCACCGCGCGCCCCAGCGAUGGCGGAAAUGCCGUGCGCUCCUAG